GGUAGUUUGGCAACAAAUACUGCAGCCACAAAAGCCCAAAUUUUUGCAGUUCCAGGCAAUUUCUUAAAACAAAAGAAAGAAAGCAUAGUGGUCCUCCAAUCCGUACCGCCUUCGUUGGUCCCUCUCCGACGAACCCCUUGUUGGGCGUUUUGAUUUGAAAAACAACUGUAGCACCACUCCUACUUCUUGUUUUCUCUCGCUUUUUAUCUAUAUAACCACCAUCUCCUCUUCCACUUCUUACACACACCCAGACCCCUUUUAUCUUCCCUUAUCAAAUUCAAAACAACCCACUUCAGAAAAGAAAAGCAAUCCAGGUACGCAUAAGUUUAUUUGUGAUUUGGUGAAAAGGGUAGGAGUUAGUUUUACCAAAAGAGCGAUAAUUUUUUUUGUUGGAGGGUAAUACCCGGGGGUAGACAAGUUGUAGACAUCACGGCUAUACACGGAGUAACUCGGCCUCUAGUUCAUUUCCAUGCAGUACGACGUAAGGGUUGUGUAAUUGAGAGCAGCAACCCUUCGCCGCACGGCGGGCGUGGUGCUUUGCCUUCUGAAGGCGGCAGUCCUUCCGACCUCCUUUUUCUCGCCGGUGGUGGUUAUUUUCUUGCUCUGAGUGUUUUCUUUUAAUGUUUAUACAUUGAAUAGCUGCAAGGAAAAUAAAAGAAGAAAAGUUACCUUUUUUUCUAGAGGUAUUAGAUUUCUCUAUUAAGUACAAUUUAUUGCGGUUUUGAGAAUUUUUAAAAGUAAAGAUGAGUGGUAAGUUCAUGUUAAGUAUCAAGAGAGUUCCUACUGUCGUUUCCAAUUUCCAAAAAGAUGAGGCCGAAGAUGGUGGUAAAAAGAGUGGGGGCUGUGGCCGUAAUUGCCUUCAGAAAUGCUGCAUUCAAGGUGCAAAGCUCCCUUUGUAUGCUUUCAAGAGAGUGGACAAGAUUGUUAGCGAGAAGGAGGUGAUUGAACAUGAGAAUACUGAGCCUCCUGUAGCAUUCCUCGACUCGCUCCUUCUUGGGGAGUGGGAGGAACGUGUGCAGAGAGGCCUCUUUCGUUAUGAUGUAACAGCCUGUGAAACCAAGGUGAUCCCUGGCCAGUAUGGUUUCAUUGCUCAGCUGAACGAGGGCCGUCACUUGAAGAAGAGGCCAACUGAAUUUCGGGUUGACAAGGUUCUCCAGCCCUUUGAUGGGAACAAAUUUAACUUCACUAAAGUUGGCCAAGAAGAGGUGCUAUUCCAGUUUGAAGCAAGUGAGGAUGGUGACAUUCAGUUCUUCCCAAGUGCCCCUAUCGACCUUAAGAAUUCUCCGAGUGUGGUGGCCAUUAAUGUUAGUCCUAUAGAGUAUGGGCAUGUGUUGUUGAUUCCACGUAUUCUGGAGUGCUUGCCACAGAGGAUUGACCGUGAGAGCUUAUUGCUUGCACUUUACAUGGCAGCUGAAGCUGGGAAUCCAUACUUCCGUUUGGGUUACAACAGCUUGGGUGCAUUUGCUACCAUAAAUCACCUUCAUUUCCAGGCUUACUACUUAGCUAUGCAAUUUCCUAUUGAGAAGGCGCCCACUAACAAGAUUGCCACUUUGGAUUCUGGGGUCAAAAUCUCUGAGCUCGUGAAUUACCCUGUCCGAGGCCUUCUAUUUGAGGAUGGAAAUACUCUGCAAGAUUUAUCCAGUACCAUCUCAGAUGCUUGUAUCUGCCUUCAAGAUAACAGUAUACCAUACAAUGUGCUCAUCUCUGAUUGUGGAAAGCGUUUAUUUCUUUUGCCACAGUGUUAUGCAGAGAAACAAGCUCUUGGGGAAGUGAGUCCUGAACUUCUUGAGACCCAAGUGAACCCAGCUGUGUGGGAAAUUAGUGGCCAUAUGGUGCUGAAAAGGAAGGAGGACUAUGAGGAGGCAUCAGAGGAGAAUGCUUGGAGGCUGCUUUCCGAGGUUUCUCUCUCUGAGGCUAGAUUCCAGGAAGUGAAUGCUCUCAUCUUUGAAGCUAUCUCCUAUGCUGGUAGUGGCAGCGACCAUGAAGCUCAGAAUGUCCUGCUGGAAGAUAAAAAUGUCAAGUCUGCUGAAGAAGUUGAUGCCAUUAAUCAAAGCUCGCACCACACUAUGGUGACUGGAAAUCAAGAAUGCCUCAUUCAGCAGUAAGGUUUGUCUGGGAUGGACAGACUAGUUAUGUCGUGUUCUUAUGGUUAAUAACAUAGUAUGGGAUAUUGAAUUAGUAACUAUAUUACUGCCUGAGUGGGUUCCAGCAGUGGCCUAAAGAAGCAAACUAGGUUUGCAUUGUAAGUCUUGGUUUGCCUUUUUGUGUAAUCAGCACCAUUUGUGCUGUGUAUUCAGCAUACUGGCAAUGUAAUUUCCUAUUUGUAUUGGUUUAUGCAAAUAUUAUUAUGCUACGGGAUGUUUGCUGUUAUGAAGCAGCUUAUGUGAAUAAUGCCCAUGUCUUUGGUUUAUGCAAUGCAAUUUAUAUCAGGUUGCUGGCUUCA